CCCAGUGAAACCAAGACAAUCACCGUUCAGUCCACCCAGAUCUCCAACCUGGGUGCGGAGGCCCUGCAGGGUCUCCCAGAGCUCCAGGGGCUUUAUCUGCUCGGCAACCAGCUGAAGACCCUUCCAAGCGGCCUCUUCCGUAACCUCCCAGCACUGCACUCCCUGGACCUCUCUGGAAAUCUCCUGGAAGAUCUACCUGCAGAUCUCUUCGCGCCCGUCGGUAGCCUGGCCUACUUAUCCCUCGGUUCAAACCAGCUGACUGAGCUGCGCCCAUCCUGGUUCGAAACCCUGGAGGAACUCAAGAUCCUGCGCCUUGAUCACAAUCAGCUGAAGGAGAUCCCGCCCGAUUGCUUCCGUAAACUGACCCUGUUGAUGUCCCUGGACCUUUCCUCCAACCUCCUCCGUUGCCUUUCUCCGGAGAUGUUCCGAGGCCUCACGUUUCUAACGGUUUUAACUCUGAAAAACAACCCGGUCGGCUCUAUCGCCCCCGGCACCUUCCGUGGGACUCCCACGCUGUGGAUCCUCUCCCUGAGAAACAACUGCCUGACCCACGUUCCACCUGGGCUCUUUCGGUCCUUGAAGAACCUGGAGCGGCUGGAUCUCUCCGCCAACGAGAUCACCUCCCUGGAGGCUCCCUUGGUCAACGUGUCUUCCGAGUUCACUCUCGAUCUCUCCGGCAACCCAUGGGCAUGUGACUGCCGCCUGCAGGCUCUCUUCAACUGGGCCCAAGAAGGCAACGUGGAUUUGUUCUCCAAGGAAGACGUGGUCUGCGCUUUCCCCAAAAGUUUGAAGGGGAAAGGGGCAACUUCGCUGAAGAGAUCCCAACUUUGUCCCUGCUAAACCUUCCAGAUGGAUCUUUCUCCAACCUGCUCAGCUGGCGUGCUUUAAGAGGAUUGGGCUUCAGCUACCAGAAUGCCCCAAUUCCUAGAAUUAUCAAGCCGGCAUACUUUCAGAUGAUUGGACUUCAGUUCCCAGAAUCCCCCAGCCACCAUGAAACUUCAGCUCCCAGAAUUCCAUAGGC